GGGCCCUUAGCCCAUUUAGGAUGGGUGCCCAUGUAACGGCAUCGUUCUUGAUGAGUCAAGAUUGUCGAUAAAAAUCCAUUCCCAUCUUUCCUCAAACCAGCUUCCUCACAAGUUUAACUAAACUAACGAUAAUCUGGAGAAAUCUACCCCUCGAAAUGAACAUAAUUACCCCAAAUUGCCAUCAUCCUGCGCGAUUGCGCUCUGUUUCUUCAACAAUUCCUGCUGCGCUGCGAGUAUCACCUGCUAUGGGUUUUAGUACUGCGUCUUUCCCGUUUUCUCCUUCCUCGUUUCGGAAUAUUCCUCAAAUGCCCCUCGUUGCAUUUGCAAAGAAGAAGAACUCUGACUCGGAGGCAGUUUUGAGUCCUUCCAUUACUGAAGAAGUAUUUAUGGAUGACGGCGUAGAAGACGACAUUCUUCUCGAUGAUGAGUUACUAGAAGAUGAUGGUUAUUUUGAUGAUGAGUAUGUUGAGGCUGAACCAUCGGUAGGGGAUGGAGCUGGAGGUGGUGGAAUCUUGCUUGCUGGGACAGGCUGGCAUAAAAAGGCCUUGGAAAUUGCUGAAGAAGUCUGUCUUUCAUUUGAUGGGGAACUCGAUAUAUAUGCAUUUAGGACGCAGCUAAAUGCCACUAUUCAAGUUCGCAUAGAGAGACUUACAAAUAAGUCUGGCUCUCCCAAUAUGACAGAUAUUGAAGCUUUCACAACAACAUAUAGAACGCGGCUUGAUGAAGCUGGAGCAACUGGAGAUAUUCCUCAAGAUAUAUCUCUAGAGGUGUCUUCCCCGGGAGUGGAAAGGGUCGUCCGGGUCCCACAAGAUCUCGAACGGUUUAAGGAUCGUAACUUAUAUGUAAAGUAUGUAGCAGAGGCAACGGAUAUGGGUUCGUCAUCGGAGCUCGACGGCAUCUUUAGGCUUAUAUCUUAUGAUAUAGAAAGCAGGUGUUGCACUUGGGGGUUAGCAGAUGUAAGGGUAAAUAGGGAAAAAUCCGGUAAGGGAAGGCCUCUUAGCAAAAAGCAGAAAGAAUGGCGAUUGAACACUCCUUUGGAUUCCCUACGUUUAGUUCGAUUAUUUUCUGAUAUAUGAAAUUUUAAUCCUUGGUUACUUUCUCUUUCACUAUCAGAUACUAUUCACAAAUGUACAUGUUUAAUGAAGUGUUUUUUU